GAUUUUCACAAGUCAAAAUCAGCCCCAGCAUCACGAUGAAAACAGCAAGCUUCCUCAAAAUCACCGCGCUUGCUUGCUUCGGCCAGGCCCUCUUCGACGGUGUCAGAGGUGGAGACGUCUCAAGCGGCGGGCUCGAAGUCGAGGAACACCGUCUCGAGGCGAGACUAUACACACCGUACACCGACGGCUACCAGAUCUCCUGGCUGUGGCAAGACUGGAGCUUCAAAGAUGGCAAACGCACACUCUACUAUUGCCGUUCCAGAUUCCCUCCACCAGGAGCCAAAAAUUACAAAUGUGACGGUCCGCAUGAUAUUGGCGACCAAAUAGCGCUUUGGCACUGUAGCAAGGCAGGAUCUCUCCUCGACAGCGAUCUGCUAGCGGACGCCACUUCGGUGAGUUAGAGUUGUGCGAAGAUGCAGGGCAAACGUCUACACUCGCAUGGCCUUUAUUAAUUCGAGGCUGUCCCUCAUGUCUAUCACGA